AUGAUGAAGAAGCAGUGUCAGAGUGGCAUCAUCUCCUGCCUGGCGUUCAGCCCGUGCCAGUCUGUGUACGCCUGUGGCUCCUUCUCCCGCACCGCAGGCCUCUACUCCUGCCAGGACGGCUCUCUGCUGGUUCUGCUGCCACCCAGGCACCACGGGGGCAUCACACACCUUGCCUUCUCACCCGACGGACACUACCUGUACACUGGCGGGCCCAAGGACCCAGAGAUUCUGUGCUGGGAUCUGAGAGACCCGGGCAAGGUUCUGUUCUCUCUGAAGAGGAAAGUAGCCACCAACCAACGUAUGUACUUUGACCUGGAUCCUGUCCACCCCUUCAUGCCGUUGCUGGUGUCAACCAGCAGGCAGCGCAGGUUCCUCGACCCGGGGGACAGUAGCGACGGAGACUCCUUCGACUCGGGUUCAGAGGGUGAUAUUGUGAUAUCACCAACCCCAGAGGUCAGACAGGACAACGCCCUGACUCUGUGUUGGGUCGGACCACUCAGCCCAGCCAGCGAGGAGGGGCAGGAGGAACCAGCACCAAUGUUGGUGAUUGAUUGAUUGAUGGUGGAGUAGCCCAACUCAAACCCCUCUCCUCAGGACUGAACCAAAUGUAACUUCAAACUGCCACUGAGUAAAGUUUACUACAAUAUUGGAAGUACUUUUUCUGUUGAGUAUGCAAACCAGUGUGUUGAGUCCCUUGGAUUCAGUGAACAACAGUUUCCCCGGUCUCGAAGCCAAGGUACAAACUAUGGUGAAUGCUAACAUGUUAUUAGGAAUUUUUGGUAACAUGCUACUAUGCUAACUGAGUUCUUCCCCAUUUCAAACUACAUGUAAUUGUAAAACCACAGCAGCCAGACCAGGCCCACUGUGUUGGAGGAGCACAGUGUACAUUGUGUUGUCUACUUUCCACUCGUGUUUCUCCAUGGGACUGUUCCGUUGUUUACCUUGUUAGUCUGUAUAGCCUGGUCCCAGAUAUCUCGGUGUUGUUUUAUGGCCAUUGUUUAGCAUUUCAAUCAAACAGGUCUGGGAUCAGGCUAUUGUCUAUAGUCCUGCCCAGAAUAACCUAAUGCUGCUAGUUUAAGUGCAAUUCAGAGCUUUGAUUUGUGAAUAUUAUUUUAUUGUUCUAAGUGCCGAGGUGUCGCUAUACGUGCGUCAGUAAAUGUAUAUUUUUCUAUAGCCAUGAUGAAUAUUUAGUUUCUGAAUGUAUUAAAAUCGGUAAGCAGUUGGCAUAAUUGCUGUAACCACAAACAAAUGGAUACUGCAAACGUCUUUUUAUAGUGCAAUGUCCGUGAGAGAUGACACGUCAACAUUGUUCCUUUUAUUUUAUUUUCCCAGCGAUUCAACAUGACGCUCAGUAGAGGAUUUACUGCGCACGGCCGAUGUUCCUGUACUGUCUUAGUCCUGUGAUUUCUUGUGGCAGUGUGGAUGAAAUGAUCAACAAUAUUUGUAUAUGUAGAACGCCUGCUAUGCUGCUUUUGUGUUGUAGCACAACUUAUGUUUGUAUAGGUUAAUUUGAUUAAUAUAUAUAUAUUAAAGU